CCGCCGCGCGGUGUUUGCCCGGGUUGCCAGGCAACGCGCGGCGGCCCCCAUGGCGGUGGCGGUGCCGCUAAGCGAGGCCUGGAUUCGCCGGCAGCCGGCUCUGCGGGGGCUACAGCCAGAACAGGUGGAGUCCAUCUCUCUGCAGGGAACCCAUGCAGCCAAAAUUGUCUCUCUUGGAGAUGGCCUGAAAGCCUUUAAAAACCUUCAGUCCUUAGAUUUGUCAAAGAACCUGCUUGCUUGUCUAGAGGGUCUUGAGUAUUUACAAUUGUUACAACAUCUGAAUUUGUACUAUAAUCAUGUUUCAUCCUUGCUGGAAGUUGCCCGCCUUCAAGCGUUGCCUCUCCUUAGAGAGCUGGAUCUGCGUCUCAACCCUGUAACCAGGAAGGAAUCUGAUUAUAGACUGUUCACUGUGUACAGAUUACAAGCUCUGGAGAUGCUAGAUGAAAGAAUUAUUAGGAAGCGUGAGAGAAAAGCUGCCCACCUGCAUUUUAACCUCAGGAGCAAAGAGGAUCCAUUGGAAAAAGACAAGUCAAGGGAAAAUACAAUGAGGAGUGAAGUGCUAGACCAAGAGAGCUUUGCAACAUCCAGUAUGAAUACAGAGAGCAACAGGACACGUACUGGUACAAAGUAUUCAUCUCCUCGCCAUAUGUCAUGCCAUGAUGAGAGAGACUCAUUUCUAAAGACAUCGCCUGUUUCUGUGUUGCCAUCCAGCAAAUUAACUAAAGGAAACAAGGACCAGAUCCUGCUAGACAAUGCAAAUGCAAGACAGUUUCUGAGUCACAACUGUUUGGACAGAGAACAGAAGCUCCGGUCUCCCACUGCCCUGCAGGCACAGACUUCCCUGCCCUCCCAGAUGAAAAGCAGAGCUGUGUCUGGUAAGGGGAAGUUUCACGUGUCCUUUUCUGAAGGCUCAUCUCUAGACUUCAUCUGUCCAGGAAAAAGAGAAACGGGAAAUAGGAAAGUGGACAUUCUUGACCUUGGCCGGGCUGCUUCUCCAACUAGGAGGCUGAGUCUGAGUGAUGAUGCAGGGAAGACCAACCUCAGGCCAGAGAGUUAUGAGCACCUGUACCUCCCAUCCUCUGCUAAUCGCAGGGAGCUGGUGAAGAGGCUUCAUGAUGAGAGGAAUGAGAAGACGGCAGCAGACGAUGUUUGUAAUUACACCUCACAGUUUGCUAAUGAAGUCCUGGGUCCUGCCCGGUCCUCAUGUGGAGAUUUCCUGGGACAGCACUCAGAAGCGGAUGCAGACCAUGCAAGUCCCUUAAAGCUCAGCUCGGGUUCUACAAGCUUUGGAGAUUUCCUGUCAAAGCAUCGUUCUUUGUUAAGUGAGGUGUCUCUUGGAAAUUCACAAUCAGCUACAGCCUUAACAUCCACAUCCAGGAAAGGACGAGACCCACCAGCCUGCCGAUCUCUCAGUCCUUCAAGAAUGGAGUUUAAGCAUACCAGCAGCCAGCACACUCCAGUAACCCCCAAGCAUUGUUUUAAAGAGCCAGUGAUGGAGCUUCACUCCAGAGAGCAUAGCAAUAUCCCUCUCCAGACAACAAGUAUUGUCAGCAGCACUGAGAAACCAUGUCUUCUUGUCACUGUCCUGCAGCAACUCCUGGAUUUAGUGGAUCGUUAUUGGAACGGCUCUGGCUCCCUUUUUAUCAAUAAGGAUUUCCUUGCUCCAGCACGCGAUUUGCUUGCACACUUGAUGGCGGCUGCCCGUUCACAGCAGGAUGUUUGCCCAACCCGCAAAGCCAUGCUAGGCACCAGCUCCUCAGGGCUCAGUUGCCAGCUUCCCAGGGAACAACCAAAGUAUUCUCAGCAGCACUUCAGCAGUGCCAUUGACAAGGCUAUGAGGAAGGUGGAAGAGGGCCAGAGCCCGCCUUUCAAAGAACGAGGUGUGGAAGGUGCUGCCACUGCUGCCGCCGCCACCUCCAGUUCCAGCUCCCACGGAAUAUAUUCUCUCUCUUACGAUGAAUGA